AUGGAGAGUAGUGAUCAUGACAAGAACAAGACAUUCCCCAUAGGUGAAACACCACAAGAAACAAGCUCUUUGAAUGUUCCUAAAUCGUAUGAAAUCUCACCAACAAAUAGAGCUAGUUUGAACCCUGAAAUUGCAGAUGUGGUGAUUAUUGACUUCGCGGGACUUGAUGAUCCUCUGAAACGACCCAUGAUCGUGAAAGAAAUUGGAAAUGCUUGUCGCGAGACUGGGUUUUUUCAAAUAAUCAACCAUGGGAUACCACAAAUGGUGCUCAACGAUGCAUUAGAAACUGCAUUCAACUUCUUUAACUUACCAACAAACGAGAAGGAAAAAUACAUGUCGAAUGACGUCCACAAACCAGUUCGUUAUGGGACUAGCAUAAAGGAUGGAGAGGACAAAAUUCAGUUCUGGAGAGUUUUUCUUAAACUAGAAAAGACGGGAGAUUAUGCUAUGAAAACAAGACUUUUAGCAAUUAAGAUAAUAGGAGCCAUAACUGAAAGCCUUGGGAUAGGCCCAAAAUAUCUUGAAAGCAAAAUAGAAGAUGGAAUGCAAGUGCUAGCAGUUAAUUGCUACCCAAAAUGCCCUAAACCACAUCUUGUAUUAGGGUUGCCACCUCAUUCAGAUUACAGUUGCAUUACCAUAGUUCUUCAUAGUUCAUGUGGACUUGAGAUCAUGGAUGCUACAGAUGGCACAUGGCGAUUGGUUCCUGAUGUACACGGGGCCCUCCAAGUCCAUGUAGGCGACCAUGUGGAGGUACUUAGCAAUGGAUUAUACAAAAGCAUGGUGCAUAGGGUUACAGUCAACAAUGAGAAGACUAGGGUUUCCAUUGCAAGUCUCCAUAGCAUGGGGAUUGAUGAGAAAAUGGCAACUGCUGAAAAACUUAUUAGUGAUGAACAUCCUAAAAAUUAUAAGGAAAGCAGUUUCAGGGAUUUUCUCAAUUUUCUCUCAAGCAAUGACAUCACUGAUGGAAAAAGCUUCAUUGAAUCACUCAAAAUCAAUUAG